UGAUGAUUUGAUUGGAUAAAUGACGAGACUGGUGAUCAGAAUGAAGUUCAUGUAUUUUUAUGAAUAAGAGAACGAGCGAGAAGUAAAGGACGCGAGGAUUGGACAUCUGGGAAUAUUGCUGGCCCAUCUAGCAGAAAUCUCCCAGUUGUUGCCUCCAGGACAAGACUCAUCCCAAUAAACAUCAACCUGCAGAAGAAUCACACCAUUUCAUCACUGUGUUUCAGUUGGGCAGACUGGACAGAGCGCAGCCGACACAGCGACGGUGUGAGUGGAGCAGAGAGAACCGAGGAUGGGGGGCGGAGGUCAGCAGACUGAGUCAAGCGAGCCGGCCAAGGGUGACAGGGUUGGGCCCGGUGGAGGGGGAGGAGGGCGAGGUGGCAGUGCAGUCUACACCUGGGAAGAGGUCCAGAGGCACUGCCACAGAGGCGACCAGUGGUUGGUCAUCGACAGGAAGGUCUAUAAUAUUUCCCAGUGGGUGAAGAGACACCCGGGGGGCAUCAGGGUCAUCAGUCACUUUGCCGGAGAAGAUGCCACGGACGCAUUUGUCGCAUUCCAUCCCGAUCCUCAUUUUGUCAGGAAGUUUCUGAAGCCGUUGCUGAUUGGAGAGCUGGCAACGACAGAGCCCAGCCAGGACCAUGGGAAAAAUGCAGUACUGGUGCAGGACUUCCAGGCCUUGCGUGACCGUGUGGAGAGGGAGGGUUUGCUCAUUGCCCGCCCCCUGUUCUUCAGCCUCUACCUGGGCCACAUCCUGCUACUAGAGGCCCUGGCUUUGAGCCUGCUCUGGGUCUGGGGGACCAGCUGGAGCGUCACACUGCUCUGUUCCCUCAUGCUGGCCACAUCUCAGUCCCAGGCUGGCUGGCUGCAGCAUGACUUCGGCCACCUGUCAGUCUGCAAGAAAUCCAGCUGGAAUCACGUACUGCACAAGUUUGUCAUUGGACACCUAAAGGGUGCCUCUGCUAACUGGUGGAACCAUCGUCACUUCCAGCACCACGCUAAACCCAACGUGUUGAGUAAAGAUCCUGAUGUUAAUAUGCUGCAUGUCUUCGUCCUGGGAGACAAACAGCCUGUAGAGUAUGGUGUAAAGAAGUUGAAGUACAUGCCCUACCAUUACCAACACCAGUACUUCUUCCUCAUUGGACCUCCACUACUCAUUCCAGUGUUUUUCACCAUCCAGAUAUUCCAGACCAUGUUUUCACAACGGAACUGGGUGGAUCUGGCGUGGUCGAUGACUUUCUACCUUCGCUUCUUCUGCUGUUACUAUCCCUUCUUUGGUUUCUUUGGCUCAGUAGCAUUGAUCAGCUUCGUCAGGUUUUUGGAAAGCCACUGGUUUGUAUGGGUGACCCAGAUGAAUCAUCUUCCUAUGGAGAUAGAUCACGAGAGACACCAGGACUGGCUCACCAUGCAGUUGAGUGGUACUUGCAACAUUGAACAGUCAACCUUCAACGACUGGUUCAGUGGACACCUCAACUUUCAGAUUGAACACCAUCUGUUUCCCACCAUGCCCCGUCAUAACUACCACCUGGUGGCUCCUCUGGUUCGUACUCUGUGUGAGAAACAUGGAAUUCCCUAUCAGGUCAAGACUUUGCAGAAAGCCAUCAUUGAUGUUGUCAGGUCACUGAAGAAGUCAGGGGAUCUGUGGCUGGAUGCAUAUCUUCAUAAAUAAAUCCCUUCCUGACUCUGGACGGGAUUUAAUCCAUCGCAGAUUAACUACCUGUGAACAGAGAUAGUUUCCCCAGACGUUUGUGUCGGAUGCUGUAUUUUGUUGUGACGUAAUUGUUUUAAUCAUUUUUUGGACCCCAGGAAGAGUAGCUGCUGCCUUGGCAGGAACUAAUGGGGGAUCCAAAGCAACAAUCCAGGGUUUAUAUUAGGGCUGUCAGAGUUAAUCAGUUAAAACUGAAGUUAACUUUUUUUAAAUUUUAGUGCAUACAUUUUUUUGUUGCAUUGUCUGAAAGCGUUGAAUACACUGAAAACAUCCAAAAGACAUCAUGUAUACAACUAAAAUCUAUAAUGCCAUGUAAAAAAUAAGUUGAGGUUAAAUAAAGUUUGCUUUCUCAGUUUACCUAAUUUUGCUAACUUUUACUUUAGAAAAAAGUUUUUGGUAUGAAAAAUCUUAAAUUACAGCUCACUUUGAGCAAAUUAGGAAUUUGCAAUUAAUCGCAAAUCCUGCUAGUUAACUCGAUUGAAAACAUUUAAUUGUUUGACAGCCUUAGUUCAUGUACAUCAUUGGUAGGGCGUCUUUUUUUGUGGGGAUUUUCUUUUAUGGCAUUUCAAGCAUUAUCCACUGGGCUUGCUGCAGGCAGAAAAUCCUAGGAAAUGCUCUUUAAUUGACACAAGCUGUCUCCAAUCAAUCAUUCAAUGUCUGGUUGUGUGUGAGUGUUUUGGUGGGGGGGGAUCUCUUAAACCAGGGGAGGCACAGCAUAGGAAACGUAAUCGCACUAAACCUAUUAUUUGGCAGGGAAUACUAUUUGUAGAUCAGUGAUUCUUCGCCUCACUUUGCUUAAACUGAUCCUCUCUAAUAGACUCUAUACCUGAUCAUCGGAGGUUUAUAAAACAUUUGGUAAUUAGAACAGUUUUAAAGGGGAGACUAUGAAUCCAACAAGAAAAAUAAAUAAAUAAUCAAAACCAUAUUAUAGUUUGAAAAAUAGAGCGCGCCAAUAUACCGGUGGGACGCUUUUGGAGAUUACAACAAUAUAUUCUGCAAAAUCUGCAAUUUAGCAUUUAUAUUAUAAACGGUAAGUCAAGAUACACAGCCUUCUGAAAGAAAGUAAACACCUUACGCUUUGUCAGAAGAAUGCUUCUAUGCAAGACAGUUUAGCUCGGCAGCAGGUGGUGAAGGAUAUAGUGAAACAGUCUCAACCUUACCUCAACAUUUCACAACGUAUUCGUUGUCUGUUUUUAACAUAUGGGUAUGAUAGUCUACAUUUUCUGAUAUUAAAAAUGCCUAUUUUCAUUUGCUACAUAAAUAACACAACUUCGCUAACUCUAAUGGCCUCAGUAUUUGAAGGGAAAUGCUUCUCACAGCUUAAUGUAAGCGCUCAUAAAAGCGCAGGUAGGGUACUAGGGGGUAACUAAAAACAUGUCUAAUUGCUGACACGCAAAAUACAUUUUGGAAAACAAAUUGGUACGUGGAUGAAGGUCAUGCUUAGGUGAAUAAACUAUAAAGGGAAAUAAAUGGCUACAGUUGACCCUUUUUUUUUGUUAUUUCGUGAAAUGUUGUAUUUAGAAAAGGGCUGUUUUUUUUACCGGGGUAGCUGCAAAUGUGUUCAAAUGAAUGUAAUCAGUUUAAUGUAGAAAUUAUUUAGUAAGUAAUACUUGAAAGCUAAGUCUAGUUGUCUUUUAAUUAUUUAAAUAAAAUAUGGGGCGGAAAUUGUUGCACAUGUCAGUGUUAAUAUCCACACUAUGAGGAAAUUUGAUGCAAAGUCCCUUUUUCUAACUCACCUGCACAUUAAUGUUCUUUGUUUUUUCUUUGUUGUUCAUUUUCCAUACAAUCCAUUAUGUACAAUUGUACUAAAUAUGAUUUGAAUAUUGCAAGAUUUUAAAUCCCAGCAGCCUUUAAAAUGACAUUCAGGAGCAAAAGGUUUUCAAUAGUUUUUAAUUCAUUAAGAAAAUAUAUUAAUUGGAAUAUAAUAUUGGAAUGGAAAAUAACAUUAACAUUGGAAUUGAAUAUUUAAUAACUCAACUCAUUAAUUCAGUGUAACAUUGAUGUGGCAACUCUCUUAUGCUCUGCUAUUGCACGAUUCUAAUAUGUACAUAGGUCACAAAUAAAGCUAUCCCCAGUCAAAUUGGA